UAGCCUGCUAAACAAGUGUCCAGCUUCCACAAUGCCUGUGCAGGCAGCUCAGUGGACAGAAUUUCUGUCCUGCCCAAUCUGCUACAACGAGUUUGAUGAGAAUGUGCACAAACCCAUCAGCUUAGGUUGCUCUCACACUGUCUGUAAGACCUGCCUGAACAAGCUUCAUCGCAAGGCAUGUCCUUUCGACCAGACUGCCAUCAAUACAGACAUCGAUGUGCUUCCUGUAAACUUUGCACUCCUCCAGUUAGUUGGAGCCCAGGUACCUGAUCAUCAGACAGUAAAGUUGAGUAAUGUAGGAGAGAACAAACAUUAUGAAGUAGCAAAGAAAUGUGUUGAGGAUUUGGCACUCUACUUAAAGCCAUUAAGUGGAGGAAAAGGUGUUGCAAGCUUGAAUCAGAGUGCACUGAGCCGUCCAAUGCAAAGGAAGCUGGUGACGCUGGUGAAUUGUCAGCUGGUGGAGGAAGAGGGUCGGGUUAGAGCUAUGAGGGCAGCUCGAUCACUGGGAGAGAGAACCGUUACAGAACUGAUCUUGCAGCACCAAAAUCCUCAGCAGCUUUCUGCCAAUCUUUGGGCUGCUGUCAGGGCACGAGGAUGCCAGUUUCUAGGACCAGCUAUGCAAGAAGAGGCACUGAAACUUGUCUUACUGGCACUAGAAGAUGGCUCUGCACUCUCGAGAAAAGUUCUGGUACUUUUUGUUGUACAAAGGCUAGAACCAAGAUUUCCUCAGGCCUCUAAAACAAGCAUUGGUCAUGUUGUGCAGCUACUGUAUAGAGCAUCAUGCUUUAAGGUCACUAAAAGGGAUGAAGAUUCUUCUCUGAUGCAACUUAAAGAAGAGUUUCGGAGUUAUGAAGCUUUGCGGAGAGAACAUGAUGCCCAAAUUGUUCACAUUGCCAUGGAAGCAGGACUUCGAAUAUCACCAGAACAAUGGUCUUCCCUUCUUUAUGGUGACUUGGCACAUAAAUCACACAUGCAAUCCAUUAUUGACAAGCUCCAAUCUCCAGAAUCUUUUGCAAAGAGUGUACAAGAAUUGACAAUUGUCUUGCAGCGCACGGGGGAUCCUGCAAACUUAAACAGGCUGAGGCCUCAUUUAGAGCUGCUGGCAAACAUAGAUCCAAAUCCAGAUGCAGCAUCUCCAACAUGGGAGCAGCUGGAAAAUGCUAUGGUCGCUGUAAAGACUGUGGUACAUGGGCUGGUGGAUUUCAUUCAGAAUUACAGUAGAAAAGGCCAUGAAACUCCACAGCCACAACCAAAUAGCAAAUAUAAAACAAGUAUGUGCCGAGACCUUCGACAGCAAGGGGGAUGUCCAAGAGGAACAAACUGUACAUUUGCUCAUUCUCAGGAAGAGCUUGAAAAAUACCGCUUGAGGAACAAAAAAAUCAGUGCAACAGUGAGAACAUUCCCCCUUCUAAAUAAAGUUGGCGUAAAUAGCACCGUCUCAACCACAACAGGAAACGUAAUUUCUGUCAUAGGAAGCCCUGAAGCAACAGGGAAGAUGGUGCCAUGUACUAAUGGAAUAGCUAAUCUAGAAAGUGGUGUUCCCCAAUUGAUCCCUCGCUGUGCGGACACCUCCUUGAGAGCUUUGGAGAACACCAAGAAGGGAGGGAAGACUGGAGCCAAUGGCCAGAAUGUUUCUGGAUCUCCUACAGAAUCACUACCUGAAAAUAAAAUUGGUUCUCCACCCAAGACUCCUGUAAGCCAGGCAGCAGCUACCUCAGCUGGUCCUCCUAAUAUUGGAACAGAAGUUAAUUCUGUGCCUCCAAAAUCCAGCCCGUUUGUUCCCAGAGUACCUGUCUAUCCUCCACAUUCUGAUAAUGUUCAAUAUUUCCAAGAUCCCAGGACUCAGCUAUCAUAUGAAGUUCCACAGUAUCCGCAGACAGGAUAUUAUCCACCACCUCCAACAGUACCAGCUGGUGUGGCUCCCUGUGUUCCUCGCUUUGUGAGGUCCAAUAACGUUCCAGAAUCCUCCCUCCCACCUGCUUCCGUGCCAUAUGCCGAUCAUUACAGUACAUUUCCCCCUCGAGAUCGACUGAAUUCUCCUUACCAACCUCCUCCUCCGCAGCCGUAUGGACCAGUUCCUCCUGUCCCUUCUGGAAUGUAUGCUCCAGUUUAUGACAGCAGGCGCAUCUGGCGCCCACAGAUGUACCCACGAGAUGAUAUUAUUAGGAGCAAUUCUUUACCUCCCAUGGAUGUGAUGCACUCAUCUGUCUAUCAGACAUCAUUACGUGAGAGAUACAACUCUUUGGAUGGGUAUUACUCUGUGGCUUGUCAACCUCCAAACGAACAGAGGACUGUGCCUUUACCAAGGGAGCCUUGUGGUCAUUUGAAGACUGGUUAUGAUGAGCAAUUAAGACGAAAGCCAGAGCAAUGGGCGCAGUAUCACACGCAGAAGACUCCUCUGGUAUCGUCAACCCUUUCUAUGGCAACACCAUCUCCAACUCCACCUUCUCCUCUCUUCAGUGUAGAUUUCAGCACAGAGUUCUCAGAGAGUGUCAGUGAUUUGAGUGGAACUAAAUUUGAGGAAGACCAUCUCUCUCACUAUUCACCGUGGUCUUGUGGCACUAUUGGCUCUUGUAUAAAUGCUAUCGACUCAGAGCCCAAGGAUGUGAUUGCCAAUUCAAAUGCCGUCUUAAUGGAUUUGGACAGCGGGGAUGUUAAAAGGAGAGUGCAUUUAUUUGAAACUCAGAGAAGGGCAAAGGAAGAAGAUCCUAUAAUCCCAUUUAGCGAUGGACCGAUCAUCUCCAAGUGGGGUGCAAUCUCCAGGUCAUCCCGCACCGGUUACCACACGACAGAUCCUAUUCAGGCCACUGCUUCCCAAGGAAGUGCUACUAAGCCCAUCAGUGUAUCAGAUUAUGUCCCUUAUGUCAAUGCUGUUGACUCAAGAUGGAGUGCCUAUGGCUCAGAUUCUCCUUCAUCGGCACGUUAUGCGGAACGGGACAGGUUCAUAGUUACAGAUUUGUCUGGUCACAGAAAGCAUUCCAGCACUGGAGAUCUAUUGAGUAUUGAAUUACAGCAGGCCAAAAGUAACUCAUUAUUACUUCAGAGAGAGGCGAAUGCACUAGCCAUGCAACAGAAGUGGAAUUCUCUAGAUGAAGGCAGUCGUCUUACCUUAAAUCUUUUAAGCAAGGAAAUUGAUUUGAGGAAUGGUGAGACUGAUUAUACUGAAGACUGUGCAGACACAAAGCCAGAUCGAGACAUUGAAUUGGAGCUGUCAGCCCUUGAUACAGAUGAACCUGAUGGGCAAGGUGAACAAAUUGAAGAGAUUCUGGAUAUACAGCUAGGUAUUAGUUCUCAAGAUGAUCAGCUGCUCAAUGGAACAACCGUAGAGAAUGGGCAUCCGCUAAAGCAGCACCAGAAAGAAUCUAUGGAACAGAAGAGACAAAGUUUAGGUGAAGACCUUGUGAUUCUGGAGGAGCAGAAAACAAUCCUGCCCGUAACUUCUUGCUUCAGUCAGCCGAUCACAACAUCUGUUAGCAAUGCAAGCUGCCUGCCCAUCAGCACAUCAGUCAGUGUUGGCAGCCUCAUUUUGAAAACUGCUCACAUUAUGUCUGAGGAUAAAAAUGACUUUUUAAAGCCUGUUGCAAAUGGCAGGAUGGUUAAUAGCUGAAAGGCAUUCAUCUUUCCAGCUUGUGACCACACCAUGGAAGCAUUUACACUAGCUUUUUAUAUAUAUAAUAUAUA